AUGAGAGUCUCCUCUCUGGUUCGAAGACUCCUUUUAGCUGCGGUGUUGCUGCCCGCGCCCCAUUUCGUGUUUGCUCGCCAUGAUGCCCUGGGCCACAGGCUUCGAGAACGUGAUGCGCCGCCUCCAGGCCUCGAUGUGAAGCAAUCCAGGGCCAGGACCAUCGAGGAAAACGGGAAGGGCGCAGCGGAGGAAUACCAGCCAUAUAGCUGGGGCUACGGGUACGGAUACCCUCCUGAUGAGCCUGAGGCUACGUCAACAGAGGAGGCUUCCGAGGAGGGAAUGCCUGCCACCAGCAAGGAAGGUCGGUAG